AUGGGAGAAUACGGCACGUCUUCAGCAGCACGAGUCGCAGAAAACAUGAUGCAUAGCUUUCCAAAUAUUCGAAUCGGUUUAAUGGUCGGCAUCGGAGGCGGAGCCCCAAGCCCAAAUCAUGACAUUCGCCUUGGGAAUAUUGUGGUCAGUGUUCCUUAUAAUGGCCGAGGUGGCGUGGUUCAAUACGACUUCGGAAAGACAAUUCAAGGCCAAAGCUUCCAGCCCACAGGUUUCCUCGACCAGCCACCUACCGUCCUCCGUGUAGCGGUUAACGGACUUCGAUCUCGGUAUGAGAUGGAUGGUCAUCGACUUGAGGAAGCAGUCAACAAAGUUCUCGUGAGAAAGCCAAGGUUACGGAAAAGAUAUGUGCGGCCCGAUCUUAAGAGCGACCGGCUGUACCACAGUCAUGUCGUGCAUCCGCUAGAAAGUGGGGCAACCUGCACUAUCAAUUGCGGUGAUGAUCCAAGCAGCUUAGCCUUUCGGAACCCACGCUCUCAGGAUGAAGACAACCCCGCGAUACACUACGGCUUGAUCGCAUCAGCCAAUCAGUUAAUGAAGGAUGCCCUGAUACGCGACAGAGUAGUCGCAGAAAAGGGCGUUUUAUGCUUUGAAAAGGAAGCGGCCGGGUUAAUGAAUCAUUUUCCGUGUAUAGUGAUUCGUGGCAUCUGCGACUACUCCGAUUCCCACAAGAACGAAGAAUGGCAAGGAUAUGCGGCCAUGACUGCUGCUGCGUAUGCCAAUGAUAUCCUAAGUCGAAUUAUCUCUCAAGACGUGGAGAGGGAAGAGGGGAUUUUAAAAAUCCCACCGCUCAUUAGCCAUGUCACCGAGACCAACGGCCAUAACGACUGGAAAUUACCACAAGUUGAGGAAAGAUUGGGCGCAGAUUCCGAGGCCAUCGAAAACCAUUCGGGUUCGGUUGUGUCGGUGGCCUUCUCGCCUGAUGGCCGGCUUCUGGCUUCCGGCUCCGACUAUAACACAACAAGCAUAUGGGACUCUGCGACGGGCGUGCUGCAACGGACUCUCGAGGGUCAUUACAUUAGAGGUUGGUCGGUUUGGUCGGUAGCCUUCUCGCCUGACGGCCGACGACUGGCGACCGGUUCCGGCGAUAACACAGUACGCCUAUGGGAUCCUGCGACGGGCGUGCUGCAACGGGUUCUCGAUGGCCAUACCGGUAGAGUUUACUCGGUGGCCUUCUCGCCUGACGGCCGACUGCUGGCGUCUGGCUCUCUUGAUUACAAAGUGCAUCUCCGGUACCCAGCGACGGGCGCAUUCACCCAGACUCUCGAGGGCCAUUCGGGUGGGAUUCGCUCGGUGGCAUUUUCGCCCGCAACGGGAAAGUUUAUCCAGGUUCUCGAGGGCCAUUCAGGCGGGGUUCGGUCGGUAGCAUUUUCGCCCGACGGCCGGCGGUUGGCGUCAGGCUCCGAAGACAUGACAGUACGCCUCUGGGGCCCUACGAGGGGAGGUACUGCGACAGACGUGCAGUAUCGGAGGAUUUACCGCUGCCAUUGA